AUGUACAGCUGCAGCGAUCAGUUAGCUGCUCAGAUAGCAGAUGUUUGAAGUUGGUGAGGGAGAUAAAAGUCUCCAACUUCAACGAUUUUUGCAAUUAGUUCCAGUCACAGGCAGGCCAAAUGAGGUGUGGCUUUAGAUGAUGAGAUGAUCAGUCAGCUACACCUGCUGGAGCGCGUGCUAUGGGUGGGUGUUGCCAUCGUGACCAGUGAACUGAGAUAAGGCGGAGCUUUACCUAGCAUGGACUUGUAAGACGUUUUAAUAUCAAACUUGUAUACCAUCUGUAAAUACUCAUACAAUUGUUAAAUUACGAGCCUAGUUGGUUUAGCCACAGAAAAAGUGAGCAACCUUCCCACUAGUCAUGAUUGGCUGAGAUAAUGAGUGGGUUGGACAUGCCGAGAGUUGAGUUUGAAUUGCUCUACCAUAUAGCACGCGUCUGUCUAUUGGAACUGGUCAGUAUGUUUAGGUAAUCAUGUCAAAUGCGGCUUUAAAAAUAUAUAUAUACUGAGUAGUAAAACUGUAUAAACCUAAUGUCAAGUGUACUGUUAGCUAGCUAACGUUGGCUGGCUCGCUAGCUAACGUUAUGUGUAUGCUCUCCAAUUUCUGGAGGACCUUGUUUUGAAAUUAGUGGAAUUCGAAAAUGAUAGCUAAGGAGAUGGAGAAAACACCAGUCUGGAUUACAUCGUCAAACUAAGGCAACCAUGCAUGGCAUCAGACAGGAGACGCACCCAACCAUGAUCUAUACUGAUAUUUUGAGGUUCCUAACCAAGAUGUCUCUGAAGGUUCAGACCAGCAACGUCACGAACAAGAACGACCCCAAGUCCAUCAACUCACGCGUGUUCAUCGGUAACCUCAACACAGCGGUGGUGAAGAAGAUGGAUGUGGAGACCAUCUUCUCGAAAUAUGGCCGCAUGCUGGGCUGCUCUGUGCACAAGGGCUACGCCUUUGUCCAGUACGCCAGCGAGAGGCAUGCCAGUGGGGCUGUUAUUGGGGAAAAUGGACGAAUGCUGGCGGGACAGACUUUGGACAUCAACAUGGCGGGGGAGCCCAUGCCCAACAGACCCAGAGGGCAAGACAUCAACAUGGCGGGGGAACCCAAGCCCAACAGACCCAAAGGGCUGAAGAGGUCUGUCACUGCUCUCUACAGUGGGUACGACUUUGAUUAUCACUACUACAGAAAUGAAUUAUAUGGCAGGCUGUUUGAGUACCGGGGCAGAGUGUCGCCAGUGCCUCGAGUGGUGCCAGUUAAGCGGCCUCGCAUGGCCAUGCCCCUGGUGCGCCGGGUCAACUCUUUGCCCGUCAAGCUGUUGGCACGCGCUUCAGUCCUCCCCGGCAGCACCAUCAAGCAGAAGUCAGUGAACUCCAACGAGCUACAGGAUAUCAAAUCAGAGCUGACUCAGAUCAAGUUCAACAUUGAUGCGCUGCUCGGCCGACUGGAAAGGAUCACAGAGGACAAACACAUCGCUGCUGAGCUACGGAAGUCGGAGGACAACAAGAGUGAGGCGUUUCAGGACGAGUCAUGCUCAGACACAGAGGAGCUGGUAGACGAGCCCCAUAACAGUGAUGUGGAGGAUGGGGAGGAGGACGUCACACAGAAUGAGUGUGAAGAUGACGACAUGGAAAACAACCACCUAUCAGAAAUGGACUCCAACCUGCAAUAAAAGUCAGCGGGGAGAAAAAAAAAGAUUGUCGACUGGAAACUGUUUUAGUACCACAGACUCCACAGGAAGACACUCAAACCAUAGGGUGCCGUCAAAACCCGCAACACCGGCCACAGAUGAGACGGACAGACUCACAGCUCCACUGUUAAGCAGAGAGGGGGAGCCUCUCUCUUCAAACUGAGAACUCACAGAACGCCACUACACCUCCAAAUGACACCACCAGACAAUUAAUACAGGAAUCAAGGACCUGUAAAAUUGUUCUAUAACUGUCCAAAACAAACGGAACAGGUCAAACUGAGGAAUGCUACUAGCUAAGGAAAGGAAUUACGUUUUUAUACUGUAUGCUACAGAACCUUCGAAUCACUCCUUGUCCAGUCUCCAUCCUGCCCCUGUUCUUCCUUCCUCAGUCUUUUCACAAUGUUCCUGUUGUCUUAUUUAUACGCUGAUCUCAAAUAGAUCAAACUUAUUUUUAAUGACUGUGCAUAUUCUUCUGCUUGCAUUCUAGAGGCUGCAAGAGAUCUUUACAGAUGUAAAUAAACUAUGUUAACUUGUGA